GGCCGAGUGGUGGGGGAAACGCGGCGCGCGCCUGUCCUAUAUAAGAGGACGUCCGCGAGUGGUCACACUCUCGUAUAGACCGUUAGCUGCGGCAUUAUCGCGCGGGAACAUUCAAGAUUCACGGGACGUCCUGGCCUGCAAUACGAACAUGAUACUCAUAAUUCUGUUAACCACGUUUUUCGGCCGAAUAAUCGCAACGCCGAUCGCAAACGUUUGGCUAAGCCCUGUAGGAUCACUGACGCCAUUGAGACAAUACCAUAUACAGGACGGAUCAGGGGGAUAUCAUUAUUCAUUCACGGGGCCCCAUCACGCAAAAUCGGAAUCCAGUUUGAACGGAAUCACGCAGGGUGCAUACUCCUACGUGGAUGCAAAUGGAAUUUUGCAAACGGUGACUUACACGGCGGACGAUCAGAAUGGAUUCAGAGUGCGGGCCAGUAACUUGCCACAGCCUCCUAAGAACGAUCUUCAGACCAUACAAGAUACACCGGAAGUGGCCACGGGGAAGAAGAACCACUUGGAGGAGUUGCAGAAGUCACAAUUGGGGGAUCCAUCGAAUUAUCAAUCGAACAUUCUCUCUUACAAAAUUCUGCCUUCUUACUUCAGCUUUGCACAGUUGACGAAGGACGACGAGAAGAAUUUGGCUGUUCAAGAAAUCGCGCAGACCACGAAGAAUCCAUUCCUCCUCUCGAGAUCCGAGGCAGAAGGGAUCGAGGUGCCGAAACCGGACCCCAACCUCUCCAAGAUAUCGCCCCUUGCGACGAUCUCGACCUCGUCAUCGUCGUCUCGAUCUGGCCAACAGCAGAAGGACCAAGAAAAUCCCUCGCAGCUCGGCAAACUCGUGCCCCUGGACACGAUUCAAAGGCCCGUGACCUUGCCCGCCCCCUACGUACUUCCAGUUUUGCCGUUGCACAGACUGUUGCACAGCUCCCUUCACCACACUCAAGAUUCGUUGGGCCGAUACGACUACACUUAUACCGGGGAUUCGAGCGCGAAAACCGAGUCUAGAUCGUUGGACGGGACGACGAGGGGUGCUUACAGCUAUAUCGAUCCGAAUGGGGUUUUACAACAGGUCCAUUACGUGGCCGAUCAUAAUGGAUUCAGGGUCAUGGCCACCAAUCUGCCGGAAGCCAAGUAAUAAAUCAACGGGAAACGAUUUGAUUCGAUCGUCGGCAGAGGUCGCUUUUUAUUCCGAGGGGAUAUUUAUCUCUUCUUACCUUUUUUUUUUCUAUUUUUUUUCUUGAUCAGAUUGAACAUUCUCCUUUGAAAUUUUACACCCUUGAGGUAUUGUACUUUUUUAAAAAGGGGGUGAUUUAAUCAAGGAAAAACGAAGGUGCGUGUAAAUGGAAAUUUUCUUUUUUUUUUCUGAGGGUUAUGUUCUUUUUUAUCGAUAGUGAUUACUCGAGUAUUUUCUAUCGGAAUUUUGUGUACAAAAUUAUGUUUAAAGAAGCUGAUAGAUUUAGCAAGAAGAAAGGGGUGAAGAAGUUUUCCUCUUGUUAUCGAGAUUCUUUCGAUGGAAUAUUGGAGGUUGGAAUACUUUCUUUUGGAUUUAUGAAUAAGUUUGAAAAGAUAGAAAAGAGUGGAAUAUUGAUGGAAUUAGUUCACAGAACUUCUUUUUAAUGUAUAAAAAAAAUGCUUUAAACAAUAUUGAAGCAAUAUUGAAAAUCAUUGCACGUUGUAUUUUCUAUAAUUUUUAUAUAGAAAAAUUCGCAAUGAUUCUUGAAUGAUUCAUAUUCGGAAAAGUUUCCCUCGUUUUCUAAAAUUAAAAGAAUUAAAAAGAACUUAUUGGCAAGAACUUUUCCGAAUAUUUGAUAUUCAGCGAUUAAAUUUUUCCAUCAAUUUGAAUUAUGAUCUCUGGAUUCGACUAGAUUUUACAUUAGAGAUAAGAAGAAAGUUUCCACCUUCGUUUUCCAAUGAUUACAAACCGCAUUUUCCUUUAUACGAAGAGGAACGAUCAAAGGGGCGGUAUAAUCUUCGUUUCGAUCGGGUAUUUCUCCCGCGUUUCUUGCAGGAACGGGUUAUUUGGUUGGUGAGGGGAUAAUCAAACUUUCUGAAUGCCUUUCGAGUUCGUUCCACGCAGCCACAAACACGUGACCCAAGUAGGAAUGAACUUAAUUCGCAUUCGUUUCUUUCUCUCUUUUCCAAUCCUUUCUCAUUAUUUCCUUAUUCGUUAAUCUAGUUUAAACUAAUUUACGCGUGAAUAAAUUAUUUCACCAAUUA